AUGAAAGCCCAACGUAUUAGAACCCAGCUCUACCAACCAGUCGUCAAGUGGGUCGGUGGAAAGAGGAAUCUUUGCAAAGAGCUACACCGCAAAGCCCCGCCGAAGUUCGGGAACUAUUACGAGCCAUUUUUCGGUGGUGGCGCCUUUGCGCUGCAUUUGCACGGAGACGGGUCAUUGUCCACCUCGAACGUCUUUCUCGGAGACAUGUCGAAGCCGCUAAUGACAAUGUAUUAUAUCAUCCGAGACAAUCCGCAGGAAUUCAUUGCGAAGCUAGACUCUGAGGAAUACUCUUGGAAGAUGGAUAUUUCAGAGAGAGAGGUGGCGUUCAUCCGCUGCAGAAUCAGGUUCAACGAGCUAAAUAACAAACCGUCACUAGAAAACUCGGAGGAAAUCGAGAUGUCCUGCUUGUUCCUGUAUCUCAACAAAACCGGCUUCAACGGGUUGUACCGUGUGAACAAACAGGGUCAUUACAAUGUGUCGGUCGACAAGCUUACCAAAGGAGCAAGGACUAUUUGCGAUGCGAAUGCAGUCGAGAAUUUGUCUGCCUUUUUGAACAGAGAAGGUGUGUCCCUCGGCAACUGCUCGUACGAAACCUUGCUUCAGACUGCAAAGGCUGGAGAUUUCGUCUAUCUUGACCCACCUUACGACGAUACCUUUGUCGCGUACCAGAAAACGGGGUUCUCCUGGGAUGACCAGGUGAGAUUGAAGACUGUUGUCGAUGAGCUUCACGACCGAGGCUGCUACAUCAUGGUUAGUAACUCGGCUACCGCCGCGAUUAAAGAACUGUACAAGGAAUAUAGCCAAGACUUUACGAGUGUCACAUCUUCGGUCAACUCGAAAGCGUCAGACCGGAAGAACAAACGUCAGGAAAUCAUCAUUCGCAACUACCUAUACUAG